AAAGUCCCAAUUUUGUUUCGGACCUUCCAACCUAUUUAUCUUUCGUUUGCCCAAACAACAAACCAGAAAAACAAAACCAUCAAAAGAUCAAAAACCAAUCAAACGAAAAAAUUUCCCAAAUCUGACAACCUUAUUACAAUGAUGGCAGCAGGUAAAGCCAACCCAAAUUCCCUUUUCCUUUCAUCUUCAUCAACCCAUUACUCUUCUUUCCCACCACUUCAUCGAAUUUCUUUAAAUAAGCUUCCUUUUUUGCCCCGUUCUCAAUGUUCAAACCUUAUUUCUGCUUGUUCCAAAAAACCCAUUUCGGGUUCUGUUAAUUUGGAUCCGAGUAUCACUAGUUUCGGGUCCGGGUUAACAAAGAUUGAUUCUUUGGAUGAAAGUGCUGAAGUUUCGUCUUCUCCUUCUAAUGCCAUUGAUUUUCUCACUUUGUGUCAUAGUCUUAAGACCCAAAAGCGGAUGGGAUGGGUAAAUCAUGGGAUAAAAGGUCCUGAAUCUAUUGCUGAUCAUAUGUACCUCAUGUCUGUGAUGGCUUUGAUCGCUACUGACCUUCCCGACGUUAACAGGGAAAGGUGCAUUAAGAUGGCCAUUGUUCAUGACAUUGCUGAAGGUACUUCCUCAAAACACAAAAGUAUCUUUCUAAGAGAGCUUUUCUGUUUUUGACUUGUAGGCUAAAUUAUUUGCAGCGACUACAUUUUUAUA